AUGAGUGAUCUGAGUUGCGUGACGGAUGGGUGUUGUGACUUUCUCUUCGGGUCCUCGGACACGAGUGUUCUCUGCUGUCCCCUCUCCCUUCUAACACAAGACUUUCUCAUCUCGGCCCUCACUGGCCGAGCUGCCGUUCUCCACAAACCUACAAGCUUCGGCCUACCCGGUUUACCCAACACGCUAGCGUUGAACGACUUUGUCGAGGGUGAUUGCGUAAGAGCCAACCAGAGAUCGGUAGCACCGAUGGGCAGCCGCAUGCGCGGCUGACGACACCCAACCAGACGAAGAGGCCACCAACGGCGAGGGCCUGCACGGCAGCAGCACCCCCAAGACCUACAGCAGCGCCAUCGUCAGCUGCGCCCCGCCGUCUGCUGGGGUUGUAGGCAUGAACAGGCACGUGAUGACUCGUCAGUUUUGGACUGCUGUCAUUAUGUGUACACCCAUGCGGUGAUGCGGUGCACCUAUACAUGGUGCCGUCAGAUUCUAAACGUGGCAUUACGCCGUGCGGUACUGCCGUCAAACGCCAACGCUUACUCCAACUCCACCUCCACCCGGCACUGCCUUUUAAACACUCUCUCUUACUCUUUCUCUAGCAUGAUCGCGGCAAUACGACGCGCGGUAAUGCCGACAAACUCGAACUCUAACUCAAUCAAAACGCCGACAAAACGUCGUGCGGUACUGCUGUCAAACUCCACCGCUCGGUCAAAGGCCGACCACCUGUAGCAAAUGGGUAGACCCAACCUAGGUUACCAGUAAUCCUCAAAAACUGAUGCCAGUUUCGAAACUGAUGAUACGAUGUGUGUGUGUAGCAUGGUAUUAGAAAUAGUAUUGUGCGUAAUGUAAUGCAGUGAUUGGCGAGGUUUUGUGCUUUGUCUUCCUGACAGCCGUACUGAGACCAACUUUCUCUCCCCGGCAACAGCGUGAUCAACGUUUUAUCUGGGCUCUUUUUGGUAGCUACUUUUUGAGCAGCAGCUUUAGCCUGAUCAAAAAUGCGUGAUCAACAUUUUAUCUGGACUCUCUUUGGGUAGCAGGUUUAACCUGAUCAAAAACGUCCAUGUCUUGGUUGUGUCAGCGAGUACCAGAGACGUGUGAAGUAUCAGCGACGUGCAACAUUGAUUGGUACCUCCACCUUAUUGCAGAUAAAAAAUCCACAAUAUUGACGAAAUAAAUGCUGAUUUCCGAAUAUUGUAAUACAUUGUCUUGAGUUUGCUAUUCGUUGUGAGAUUGCGGUUCCAAAUUUGUUAAGGUUUUGACUUCGGAUUGAUUACCCUAUGGUUAGAACAGGAGCAGCGGCUGUAUUAUUAUUAUGUUAUCGAGGACUGAUCGACCUCCGAUUCAGGAUGAUACUCAGCUAUUUG